CGCCAUAAACAAAAGCACAGGUCUUCAAGCUGACUCCGGCAGCACAGCGCAGGACAGAUCUAAUCCAUCACUGAAAAUCACAAACUAUUCCAAAAAGCUUCACAUCUACUCCUGCAUUUCUUGUCUAGCAAUGGAUCUCAACUCACCCUGAAAAAUCAUUCUUUGUUUCCCCAUCUCUUUUCAUGCAGUUCCGCCUGGAACUAGUGUGAAAAAUGUCGAGUAGGAGUCUCAGGGAUUCUUUGGGCGGCGGGAGGAAUACUCCGGUGGCAUCUCAGCAACGCCGCGGUAACAGCUUGAACGGAGGAUUCCCGGUCAGAGACUCCGAUGAGAAUCUGGAUCUCUUCUCCAGGAACCGCCACAGCGUCUCUGUUGCAUCCUCCGAUGAAUCUUCCGAUGUUUCAGUGAAAUUGAGUAGGCUUCCAGUUGGCUCCGUAAAAGUACCCAAGAGUGGGAUGGAUGAUCUACUCACCUCCAUAAAUUUAGGAAAGAAUGACUAUGAUUGGCUUCUCACUCCUCCUGAAACUCCCCUUUUUGCUUCAUCGGAUGGAAUUGAAUCACAACCAACCUCAAUGGCUCCAAGAGGCAAUUCCAGAGUUAGAUCAGUUUCCACUACAAAAAGUUCAAGGCUUUCUGUUUCACAAUCUGAGAGCAAUCAUUCUGCAAGGCCAACUAGAAGCAGUUCUGUAACUCGGUCUUCUCUCUCCACUUCUCAUGGUACCUAUUCCUCAAACAGAGGCCCUUCAAUUCUGAAUACAAGCUCAGCCUCUGUCUCUUCUUACACUAGACCAUCUUCUCCCAUUACCCGCUCCCCUUCUACAGUGAGACCAUCCACCCCAUCUGCUCGCCCAAUUCUGUCACGACCCUCAACUCCUUCAAAAGCCCGUGCAACCCUUACCAACUCUUCUAUUGACAAGAAUCGACCGUCCCAGGGUUCAAGGCCAUCAACUCCAACUUCUAGGUCACAAAUCCCUGCAAACUUGAAUUCCACAGUUGCUCGUUCAAGUUCUCGUCCAACAACUCCCACUCGUCGGAAUUCUGCACCUUCUCUGUCUUCAUCAGCAGGUGCAUCAACUUCAGUAGGACGUGUAAUUUCUAAUGGUCGCAAUGCUGCCCCAGGAUCCCGACCAAGUUCCCCUAGCCCACGAGUCCGGCCUCCACCACAACCCAUUGUACCUCCUGAUUUUCCACUUGACACACCACCAAACCUCAGAACAACUUUGCCAGACAGGCCACUCUCUGCUGGUAGGUCUCGACCAGCUGCUUCUGUCACCAUCAAAACAAAUCAAGACACCACAGGCCCUGUAAAUACAAGAAGACAUUCAUCACCCAUUGUAACAAGAGGAAGACUCACAGAAUCCCCUGGAAGGAGUCGCAUCCAUUCCAAUGGGCAUGUAUCUGACAUACAUGAACCUCGUAAAACCUCACUUACCUCAGAUUCAACUAUGCGGAAACCUGUGAAAUCUUCAAUAACUACUGCAGAGAGCAAUGGAUUUGGAAGGACUAUCUCCAAAAAAUCACUGGAUAUGGCUAUCAGACAUAUGGACAUAAGAAAUGGCACAGGGAGCAUUCGUCAACUUUCAGGCACCACCCUCUUCCCUCAGAGCAUCCGAUCUGCAAAGACACAGUCUGCCCGGACAAUGAAUGCUUCAGAUACCAUCAGUAACAAUGGAAGCAUACACAAUGGUGACAUCUCACAGAAUGGAAGCAACAUUAGCAGGCCUGUGGAGAACAGUAGUAAGGUAAAUGAUGGGCGACCCACCUCCAGGUUGAGUGAAGUGGACAUCUACGAGAGUUCCAGAUAUGAUGCAAUAUUGUUCAAGGAAGACUCGAAGAAUACAAACUGGCUGCAUAAUGUUGAUGAUAAAACUGAUCAAGGGCCUGUUUUCGACAAUGCUUCUGAGCCUCUGCCUGAACCGUUUGGGUUAUCAUAACACCUAAGAAAGUGUUUUUUUUUUUUUCUUUUUCCUAAUUUAUAUUCUAUUUAUUUGUAAAGAAUAUGUAGCUUGUGCUGGUAAAAUUAUUUGUUGGACAGAAUGUCGUCUUGUAUCAUUAAAAACAAGGGAGUGGAGGCAGAGCAUGUUUUCUAAUGAAGAAAACUCGAUUGCUUAA